CCCCGCCGCUGGCUCCUCCCGCAGGUGCCGCUUGACCCCGAGGGCUGCCGGGGCCGCCUGAGCCUGCGCCGCCUCCCUUCUCGGCAGUCUGCGGGAGCCCAGGCAGAGCCGCCCUGCUGCGGCGCUUUCCAGCGGAUCCCGGCGUUUCCGCCCGCGGGCUCCGGCGGAGCUGCCCCCGUUUCGGCCUGGUCGAGCCCCGAAAGCUUUGGCGGUGGAGUCCCUCCGAGCCCUGUCGCAGCUGCACUCGCUGCAGUCCGGUUCCUCGCGAGUCUUCCGGCGAGGGACCUCCGAGCGCCUCGAGUCGCGCUCCGCGGCGCCCAUGGCGGAGCCCCGGCGGCCGGUGAUCUCGCAGGCGUGGGAGGAGGACGAGUGCCUGGAGUACUACGGCAUGAUCUCGCUGCACCACCUCUUCGAGGUGAUCGGCGCGCAGCUGACGGAGAACGACGUGGCCGUGCUCUCCUUCCUGCUGGACGAGACGCAGCCGGGGCUGCACCCGCUGGACCCCGCGCUGUGGGCGGUGGCGGGCGAGGACGAGGCGGGCGCGCAGCCGCCCUCGCCCCUCCUGGAGAGCUGGCGCCGGCGCCGCCGGCGUCCCUGCCGGGCCGAGGGGGGCUGGGAGGCGGCGGGCGAGCGCCGCCGGCCCCGCAGCGGGGUGGAGCUCCUGCUGGAGCUGGAGCGCCGCGGGCUCUGCGACGAAACCAACUUCCGGCAGCUGCUGCAGCUCCUGCGGGUGCUCACGCGGCACGACCUGCUGCCCUACGCCGCGCUGAAGCGGCCGCGCACAGUGUCCCCCGAGCGCUACACCUACGGCCCCUCGGUCGCCGCCUCCGACCGGCAGGUCGACAGCUGCCUCAGCUCCGCCUCCGCCGAGCCGCGGCACGAGCACUGGGAGACAGCCUCCACGUCCAGCAAGCGGAAGCGGGUGAGCAGAGGCAGGACGAGGGCCAGCGCGCUCAGCCGGCGGCGGGGGGCCAAGGCGGCCCCCGCCCCCCAGCCGGAGGCCCCCACCCCCACCAAAGUGACCUGUGACAUCCGCCUGCGCGUGCGGGCCGAGUACUGCGAGCACGAGGCGGCGCUGCGGCAGAACGUGGCCUCGAACCGGGCGCCGCGCCUGGAGCGGCAGCUCGACCUCUUCGGCCAGGCCAGCACCGUGCUCAAGUCGCGCGACCUGGGCUCCAUCAUCUGCGACAUCAAGUUCUCGGAGCUCUCCUACCUGGACGCCUUCUGGAGCGACUACAUGAACGGCUCGCUGCUCGAGGCCCUCAAGGGCGUCUUCCUCACGGACUCGCUCAAGGAGGCCGUGGGCCAGGAGGCCAUCCGGCUCCUGGUCAACGUGGACGAGGACGACUACGAGGAGGGCCGGCGGCUGCUGCUGGAGAGCCUCGGCGGGCCCUGAGCCGCGCCGCGCCCCUGCGGACGCUUCCCGGCCACCGCGGCUCCGGCCAGGGCCACCACGGCUCCGGCCACCGCGGCUCCGGCCAGGG